GGGGCCAGGCAACUCCGGUGGAGGCGCCAGCAAUGGCGGCUGCGUCGGGUUCAGUUGGCCUGCAGCGCUGUGUUGUGUCGCCGGCUGGGAGGCACAGCGCCUCUUUGAUCUUCCUGCACGGCUCAGGUGAUUCUGGACAAGGACUAAGAGCAUGGAUCAAGCAAGUUUUAAAUCAAGAUUUAACAUUCCAGCACAUAAAAAUUAUUUAUCCAACAGCUCCUCCCAGGCCAUAUACUCCUAUAAAAGGAAGAAUUUCUAAUGUUUGGUUUGACAGAUUUAAAAUAUCGCAUGAUUGCCCAGAACACCUUGAAUCAAUUGAUACAAUGUGUCAAGUGCUUACUGAUUUGAUUGAUAGUGAAGUAAAAAGUGGCAUCCAGAAGAACAGAAUAUUAAUCGGAGGAUUUUCUAUGGGAGGAUGCAUGGCAAUGCAUUUGGCGUAUAGAAAUCAUCAAAAUGUGGCAGGAGUUUUUGCUCUUUCUAGUUUUCUAAAUAAAGCAUCUGCUGUUUACCAGGCUCUUCAGAAAAGUGAUGGUGAACUUCCUGAAUUAUUUCAGUGUCAUGGUACUGCUGAUGAGCUAGUUCUUCAUUCUUGGGGUGAAGAGACAAACUCAAUGUUAAAAUCUCUAGGAGUGAGGACAAAGUUUCAUAGUUUUCCAAAUGUUUAUCAUGAGCUAAACAAACGUGAGCUAGAAAAACUGAAGUCAUGGAUUCUUACAAAGCUCCCAGGAGAAACGGAAAGGCAAAACGAAUAAAUCAAGAUUGACUGUUAAAAUGGUUACAUAUAGUAGAGACAAUGUAGGAGGAGGGUGGGAGAUGGGGGAGGGUGAGAAGAAUCAAGGAGAAAAAUAGAGAUGCAAGACAUUUUAA